AUGCAAAGAGCAUCGCGACUGAAGAGGGAGCUCUCCCUCUUGACCACAGAGCCACCUCCGGGCAUCACCUGCUGGCAAAAUGAAAGCCAGCUAGAUGACCUACGAGCACAAAUUUUAGGAGGUGCGGACACACCAUAUGAGAAAGGAAUAUUCAACCUGGAAAUAGUUGUUCCUGAAAGGUACCCGUUUGAGCCCCCGAAGAUUCGCUUUUUGACCCCUAUCUAUCAUCCUAACAUUGACUCUGCUGGAAGGAUUUGCCUGGAUGUUCUUAAAUUACCACCAAAGGGUGCGUGGAGACCUUCCUUGAACAUCUCCACGCUGCUGACCUCCAUACAGCUGUUGAUGGCAGAGCCCAACCCUGAUGACCCUCUCAUGGCAGACAUAUCCUCGGAGUACAAGUACAACAAGCAGCUGUUCUUGCUAAAUGCCAGAGAGUGGACUGAGAAAUACGCAAGCCAGCAGAAGGUUUCCAAACCUUUCGAAGAGAAAAUAAACCAAAGUGAAACAGGUACCACCAAUGAUUCUGCUGUGCAGAAGAGAAAAGGGAGUAAUAUCAGCAAGAAGGAGAAGAAAUCUCGCCUGGAUUCCUAA